CCUGAAAGUUUUUAUCAACCAAAAAAUGGCAUUUGUGAUUUUGUUUCUUCUAAGAUUUAUACUUACCACAGCUAAAGCUCAACCAAGAAAUUCUAUCAUCGGACCAGGUUCUUCUCUUUCACCAAAUAACAAUUCAUAUUGGCUAUCAGAGAGUGGCCAAUUUGCCUUUGGUUUCUAUCCAUAUGGCAAUGGCUUCUCUGUAGGCAUAUGGUUUGAAAAAAUCCAGCAGAAAACAGUUGUAUGGACGGCUAACCGAGAUGGCCCUCCAUUCUCCAAGGAUGUCACAUUGCUUUUAAGCACUGAAGGUAGCCUUCUUGUGCAAUCAAAGCAAGGCCAAAUGAUAAAUAUAGCAAUUGCUUCUCAAUUAGCAUCCUCAGCCUCCAUGCUUAACUCUGGUAACUUUGUUCUAUUCAGUUCAAAUUCAGAGAUACUAUGGCAGAGUUUUGAUACCCCAACAGACACCAUUUUACCUGGUCAGCGUCUGGUGGUGCCCAAUAAGCUGGUUUCCAGUGUCUCCGAGACAAAUCAUGCGAGUGGAAAAUUUCUAAUCAUUAUGCAAGGAGAUGGGAAUCUGGUGCAAUAUCCAGUAGAAGCAGUAGAAACGGAAACUUUUUACUGGAAUACUGGAACAUAUAAUGCUGGAGCUGGUGUGACUCUGAAUCUUGACAGCAAUGGUCUCCUAUACCUGCUAAAUGCCACUGGAUUCAACAUAAAAAUUAUUCCUGACAAGUCUAUUGUCUUAGGUAAACCCAUAUACCGUGCAACAAUUGAUGCGGAUGGAAUAUUUCGAUUGUAUUCACAUAGUUCCAACCAAUCCGGUAAUUGGUCCAUCGAAUGGUCAUCCUCUGAUAACAAAUGUGAUCCUACAGGCUUGUGCGGUGUGAAUAGCUACUGCACUCUGAUGAAUGGGGAUCCUGAAUGUCAAUGUCCUAGUCGUUUUGAUUUCAUUAACCAGGGACAGAAGGAAUUGGGAUGCCAAAAGAAUUACAGUAUUGAUGCCUGUUCGGUAAAGAGUGAGCAAACUCUUGACUUUUAUGAACUGAUUGGUUUAUCCUGGAAAGGUGAUUCAUAUUUGAGUCUCUCAUCAAUAGCAAAAAAUUCUUGCAGAGACGAAUGUUUUAGAGACUGCUACUGUGAAGCAGCGAUUUAUGAAAACCAAUUGUGCAAAUUGCUGAAGUUGCCAUUAAGAUUUGGGAGAAGGGAAUUAAGUAGUCAAGCGAUCACUUUUUUAAAGAUUGGUGCUGGACCUGCUGGGGGUCGGAAAAGAAAGCACAGAAAGCUGCGAUUAGACAUCUUAAUCACUAGCAUAGCCAUGGCGGGCAUGACACUUACAUUUCUUGUUCUAGUAGCAGUCGGUGCUCUUAAAUAUAGGUCUCAUGUUCGAGAAUACGAGAGAAUUUUGAAUGUUGUAAAUAAUCGAGUUGCUGAAGAUGUUACUUUGAGAUCAUUUACAUUUGACGAGCUCAAAGAUGCAACUAACAAUUUCGUUGAUGAGAUUGGUAAAGGAGCUUAUGGGACAGUUUUCAGAGGGGUGAUAUCCAAUGGCAAGAGAAUUGUAGCCAUCAAGAGACUAGAAAAAGUGGUGGCUGAAGGAGAAAGAGAUUUCAGGAAUGAAAUGAAAGCAAUUGGGAAAACUCAUCAUAAGAACCUGGUUCAAUUGCUUGGUUACUGCCAUGAUGGAACUAAUAGGCUUCUGGUGUAUGAGUACAUGAAAAAUGGCUCACUCGCAGACUUUCUCUUUAGAUCCAAUUUAAAGAUAAAUUGGGAGGGAAGAAUUGCAAUAAUAUUGAACAUUGCCAGAGGAAUUUUCUACUUGCACGAAGAGUGUGAAUCUCAGAUCAUCCACUGUGACAUCAAACCUGAAAAUAUCCUAAUGGAUGACAAAGGGUAUGCAAAAAUUGCAGAUUUUGGAUUAGCCAAGCUGUUGAUGCCCAACCAAACGAAGACAUAUACUGGAAUCAGAGGAACAAGGGGAUAUGUUGCACCUGAGUGGCAUCAAAACUUGCCUAUAACAGUGAAAGCAGAUGUAUAUAGCUUCGGAAUAAUGUUGUUUGAGAUCAUUUGUUGUCGAAGGAGCGUGGAGGCGGAUGUUCCAGAGAAUGAAGCAGUUCUUGCACAUUGGGUCUAUGAUUGUUUCAAGGCUGAUGAACUGGAGAAGCUGGUGCAAAAUGAAGAAGUGGAAAAGAGUAAGCUUGAGAGGAUGGUUAAGGUGGGACUGUGGUGCACUCAAGAUGAACCAUCAUCUCGACCAACAAUGAAAAAGGUUAUAUUGAUGCUGGAAGGGACAGUAAACAUACCAGAACCUCCACUUCUUAGUUCCUUUGUUAGUUCUCCGUAGGCCAUGCCUGGCCCUUCCUUGUAAGUGUUGAAAGUAGCUUAUUAAGUUAAAUAAUUAGUUUGUUGUUAGCUUUUGUUACUAAUUUUUUGCAUCAUAAAAUUUCUUCAGUGUUAUUCUGAUUUUACAUCCUCGAUGCCAUAUAUAUCAGCCUACUUGUUUUUAUUUUUGUUUUGAAGGUUAUAUGAAAUUGAUUUGAUGGUGUGCUAUGAUCAAGAUAUAUAAGUGUAACUUCUCACAAGUUCACCCAAAAUUCUAUUUGUUCAGGAGAAUUGAUUAAUAGAUCUUAAAAGAAAAGCUGUUCAUGGGUGAAUUUAUAGAUAUCUGCUUUAUUUUUUGUUAACUAAAGUUUAAAAAAAAGGGAUGUUUUCACGUUUAAAAUAGAAUUUAGAGAGUGAAGAUUUAUUUUGGAUUCACAU